AUGAGCACAGAAGAGUCAGAAAAACCAACGAGUUCAACAGCCAAGUCUGUGGCAGAAGCCCUAGUAGAGGCUUCGGGCGAUACGGUAGAGGACGUUCCCAUGUCGGAAGCCACGCCCACCAAGAAGGAAACGGAAGAUACCACGAAGGAUCCAGAAGAUGUCAAAAAGGAAGACGGUACCAGCGAGAAGAAGGAGAAGACAGAAGAGGAUAAUAAGGAAUCUUCAGCAUCGUCUCACUUGGGCGAAGAGUUACCCAAAAAUCGCUUCGAGCUAGAACUGGAAUUUGUGCAGUCGCUGGCGUCCCCGGCGUACCUUCAUUAUUUGGCUACCAAUCCAAGCUCCGACGAUCACAACUGGCUGGACGACCCUGAAUUUGUGGAAUUCCUACGCUAUUUGCUCACAGUAUGGACUCGUCCGGAAUACAAUCGAUUUUUGGUAUAUCCCCAAGCGCUCUACUUUCUGGAAUGGCUACUCAAUCAUCGACGAGAGGAAUGGGCUCAAAUAGGGUUUCGAAAUUUUGCCCAUCAACAACAAUUCAUGAGCUGGCAGCAUCGGGCGGAGCGCUUGUAUGGGCGAGGAUCCGUGAAACCUGUUCAUGUAGAUCCAGCAGCAGUCGCUGGAGAUCCCAAUGAGCAACAACAACCACAAGGGCCAGAUGCACAGGGUGACCAAGCCAUGAAAGAGGGUUAGUAGACGAGACGAAAUAAAUGGAACAGAAGGAUCUGAAACAUAUCGUGACAGAAAGCUC